AUGGAAAGGAAUAAAAAAAUUUUAGUUAUAGGAGAUAGCUAGGUUGGAAAAUCAACUCUAUUCCAAACCUUAUUUAGCAGCUAUGACAAUUUCUAAGAGGAGAUUGAUAUUAAGGUAAAGAAAGAAUUCCCAAAAUAAACUGUGGGAUGCAUGGUUCAUGUGCAUCAUUUAAACUAAUACUACAAAGAACUCAAUAUAUCUGACCAAUAUACUGAAGGUAAAUUCCAUCUCCACUUAAUCAUUAAGAUUAGUAGACAUCUCAUAAUACAGGCAUAUCCACAGAAGUAGAUUUUUUUCUUGAGUUUCACGAUAUAUAAGGCUUAGCACUCUAAAAUCAAGGACAAGGAGCAUGGAUAAAAACGUAUUUAGGCUAAAACUAUGAUGGAGUUAUAAUUGCUGAAUCAGCAGAAACGGAAAAAUUCGCAAAGUAUGGAAAUAGAGUCUGAAGAUUUUCAGACUAUGGGUUCAAAUCAAAAUAUUUAGAGAGCAAUAAAGUCAAUGCCUGUCUUGGUAGUUGGUUGUAAAAAGGAUCUAGUUGACUAAAACAGAGCCUAAUACUUAGUGAUAAAUAUUAAAGUCAUGAAGAAAAUAAAGGAGAUAGAUCCAGAUAAUCAGAUUUAGUACCUCGAAACAGGUAUCAAUGGCCUCGGAAUUAGACAGAUUAAUCAUGAUGACUUCAAACUAUUUGUAUAGAAAGUUUACGGAAAUAUUAUUGAGUUGAAGUUUGAUGAUCAUACUAUUUCAUUUCUAACUUUUGAGUCUCUCUUAAACUUGGUCAAAUAUUUCAAUUUAUUCUUCUUUGGUCUUAUUGUCGAAGACGCCUUCCUUAUCCAUAAGUCUCCAUAGAUCCUUCCUAAACUUAUACUCUUGGAAAAUUUGAUAUGCCUGUUGGUGAGGUGCUAUAAGCAUGAUAAUUCUUGUAUGAAAAGAACCCACCAAAUAGGAAAAAUAAAGGAGCUGAAAAUAAUUUGCAUGCAAGGCAAUAAUCUUUACUGA